AUGGAGGAGCAUAAAGAAUUGGGUGUUGAGAAGUUUGAGAAAUUUACAUGCAAGAUUGAGAACUUCUCUCGGUUUAACAGAAGCGUUUACCACGAGUAUUUUGUUCUAUGCGGAUAUCCAUGGAAAAUUAAUCUGUAUCCAAAGGGGAACAAGGAAGACAACUACUUAUCAAUAUAUUUGGAGGCGGUGAAAACUGCUAGUAUGUCUGAUGGAUGGAGCAGACAUGUCAAAUUUAAGUUAGCUGUAUUCAACCAGUUUAAUACCAACUUCUCAAUUAUAAAAGAAUGUAAGACCAUGUUUGAAGCGAGUAACGUUUCCUGGGGUUGGAAUUGCUUCAUGCCAUUAGUUGAAUUUCAUGAUCCUGAAAAUGUGUUUAUUGUGAAUGAUGGUUGUAUUGUUGGUGUAGAAAUUAUUGUUUAUAAAUCAACUUAUGAGAAACAACUUAGUCAAGCAAGUAACUUCACUUUUGAAAAUCAAACCGGUUAUAUGGAAGUGGAGGACUCAGUGCCAAAUUUACAAACACAUGACCUAACUAAAGAUCCCGAUGCAGAAUUAGGGUUUGCGGCAAUUGGGCGAGUUAUUUAUUUCCUCAAGAGUAGAAAAGUGAAAGACAUGAAUGAACAAGCAUGUAAGGAACUUCAAGCUUUAUGGUGUGAUCUUGCAAAGUUUAAAUUUGAUCUUACUUGGUUAGAGCCUCAUGCUCAAUCUGCCUUAGGAAUGAAAUUUUUUGUGGAGAAAGUUCUAUCGGUUGAAAAGUUGAAGGAGAAAAUAAUAUUUCUAGAGUUUGAAACGGCUAGGCUAAAGGAAAAGUUGGUUACUGAUGAGUUUAAUAUGGACAUAGAAAUAGAUUUGUUGAAAGCAAAAGGCCUCAAAGAAAUAGAUUUAGAUUCUAAAUUGGGAUGUGGAUUUUAA